UACGUCAUUGGGGCAGAUUUGUGUGGAGAAAUAAGCAGCAGCAGCAGACGAGCGAGCAGGAAAAGCCUUGUGCAUAGGUGCGGCUCCUUUUUUCUGUUAGGCCCCCCCGUGUUCCUUUUCUCGCCUUUUUUUGCGUGUGUUUUCCGAGCGUGAGGAACAGGGCGUCUGUUCCAACACCUCCGAGACACAAAUGCCCGGUCCCACCCAAGCCCUUUCCCCAAAUGGAGAGAAUAACAACGACAUCGACCCGGACAACGGCACCAACAUCAUUCCUUUCCGGAAGAAUACCGUGCGAGGGGAGCGAGCAUUCAGCUGGGGAAUGGCGGUCAAUGUGUAUUCUACCUCAAUAACCCAGGAGACUAUGAGCAGGCAUGACAUCACUGCCUGGGUCAACGACAUCCUCUGCCUGAACUACACAAAAGUUGAGCAGCUCUCCUCAGGAGCUGCCUACUGCCAGUUUAUGGAUCUUCUCUUCCCUGGCUGCGUGAGUCUUAAGAAGGUCAAGUUUCAAGCUAAAUUGGAGCACGAGUACAUUCACAAUUUCAAACUGCUGCAAGCGGCGUUCAAACGAAUCAAAGUGGACAAGAUCAUCCCCGUGGAUAAACUGGUGAAAGGCCGAUUUCAGGACAAUCUCGAUUUCAUUCAGUGGUUCAAGAGAUUCUUUGAUGCCAAUUACGACGGCAAAGAAUACGACCCAGUGGAAGCUAGGCAGGGCCAGGAUGCCAUCCCCCCGCCUGACCCUGGCGAGCAGAUCUUUAACCUGCCCAAAAAGUCCCACCAUGCAGCCAGUUCCCCAACGGCUGGAGCUUCGAGGUCAACAUCAACCACCCCAAAAUCUGCGACACCAACAUCCAGACCAUCGUCAGCCAAAAGAGUCCUUGCAACUACUCCAGCUAAAGGAGAGAAAGAACUGGAGGUGCAGGUCGUUCAACUUACUGACCAGGUGAACACUUUAAAGGGAGCCCUGGAAGGAGUGGAGAAGGAGCGUGACUACUACUUCAGCAAACUGCGAGAGGUGGAGCUCCUGUGUCAGGAGCAGGGCGAGGAUAAUGCUCCUUUUGUCGACCGGCUAAUGGAAGUGCUCUACGCUUCAGACGAUCAGGAAAGAACUGAGGAGCUGGCAGAAGGAGACGGCCCAGACUUGGACCAGGAAGCCCACGAGGAGGCGCCAGAUGAUCAGCAGCCAGAAGAGGAACAGGACGAAUACUGACCCCUCCUCAUCGGUUACACUCUUCUAAUUUAAUUGAGAACUCUUCAAAAGAUUGUUUUCUCCCAUGGUUGAAUUUUUUUGUUCUCUCAAAGACUGAGUACAUCGGAGCAAGCUGCCGAAAGAGAAUAACCUUUUUUUUGUACUCUUUUUCUAUCCCUCCACUCAUGUUUUUCUGUGGCCAGCAUCCACGCUCAGACCAUCACAAAGACUGUCAGUGCAAACCUUUCAUUAGAUGUGACGACAUGCUGAAUUUCUACACCAGUGCAAGUGUUAGCUUCCCUGCUUCCGUCCCUUUAUGUAGUACUAAUAUUAUUUCUGUUGAUUUUAUACCGCAUAUCCACAAUAUUAACCACGAGAUUGCAAUAAGCAAAAGCCCAGAAAGGGCUCGUCGUAGCUCUUAUUGAACCUCCUUUUCAACGUGUUGCACUGACAUUUUGAGUGUAUUGGACAAUCUGUCCAGAGACCCUCACCAUAUUUAUUAUUAUUAUUGAGCCUAGGAAUAGAGUCUCCAUUGCGUCCUCAUGAAGACAAUACAGACAAUGAAUUGUGAAUCAAUUGUAGUACAAAGCCAUUUUAUUGCUCAGAACUAGUACGUGUUUGCAGCGACGUCACACAAACCUCAACGGUUUUAGUCUGAAUAUGCCAUGAACUUUGAUAAGGACGAUGCAUUAUUUUUUUGGAAGUCUUAGCAAUGCAACUUUUGAAGUUCAGCAGGAGCUUGUGUUCUGUUCUGAUUUUUAGCAGUUAGUUUCUGGUGUUAACAAGUCGGUUCACUGAGUAGUUUGUCACGCUAUAUUCCAGUAAGUAGUAUAACCUUAAUAUUGCAUUAACUGGCCGUCAUUAGUCAUAUAUAAUUGUGUAAAUGAAAACGGAAUGUACAACAUGUGCUGUCAAUAAUUAAUGAACGGUAAAUGUUUUCUUAUUUUCUUUUCCACUCAUUUAUGCAUUCCCCAUGUUGCAUGUUUGAAUUUUAUUUGUGAAUAACUUGACCUUUUUACAUAUUUAAUAAGAAAAAAUAAGUAUGUUAAGUGAGCUUUUUGUAUGUUUCAAUCUGCUAUUUGAAAGUUGUUGAGAUUCGGAUGGAUUUGCUGUAAUAAAAUGGUAAAAAG